CAUUACUAAUAAUGGCUGAAAGUCCUCAUUCUAAUUCUUCAGGAAAGAAGUUAAAGCAUCUAUUGUAGACACUUCAUAUAUAGCUAAUGGUAGUUUCCUUGUUCAUGCUAAUGGCAACUUUUUAUUGAACAACCACAAUAUAAACCAGAAUUUGCAUAUGUAGUUUUCUAAAUUUCAGAAUAAAGAUCAGAAAUUGUACCUCCCAUGUGUAGAUGAGGAAACUGGGUCUCUGGGAGGUUAAAUUAUUUGUCCAGGUUGACACUCUGGUAAGACUUGAACUCAGGCCAUUCUGUUUCAAAUCUUGAACUUGUUCUUCUGCAUCAUAGAACUAAAAUAGUUACAGUGACAUAGGCUGGUUCAUCAUCUUCGUGUUUAUUAAAGGCCCUCCUCUUGGAGUUUUGCUUAGUAAUAGAAUCCAAGACCUCGGCUUCUGCUACAGAAGGAUGCACACGUUCAUACUUGUCUUUCCAAUGCCCUCAAAAUCGGAAACAGGAAUUUCAGUCUGUGUCAACUUGUUUGUAGAGAAGAUCAUUCAAAAAAGGUAUCACUUCACACAAAAAAAUUAAUUGGCAUUUGUACAUGACUGAAAUGUGACCUUUUUCUUUGGCUCACAUUGUUAUUGCAUUAUAAUUAUGAUAUUUAUUUUUAUUGCAAUAAGCUGACAUUUCUGAUUCCCAUUCAGUCACUUACUUGACCGGGUUAUACAGUGAAAUUCCCUGCCGUCUGCAGAGGGAGCAGAAUCCUACAUUUGUAACGCAAGGCAGAAGCUUUUUGUGGCUAAUUUAAGUUUUACAUUCCACAGAGAAAAGCAAAAAGGUGUGUUGUGAAAUAUAAUGUAAGUUCUUCAUUAACUAGAGGCAGAUCAAAAGACCUCUGAUUCCAAAAGGCGGUUAUUUUGAGAUGGUGCUAUCCAUUGCCUAUUCACACCCAGCAACUGGUGGCAACUAAAAAUAGUCAGUUCUGCUCCCAGCUAGGAAUCUGGUCACAUUUGGCUCAUGGACAAUGUGCACAAAUAAGAUUGAGGAUCCCUCGUUCAGUUGCUUCCCUCCAGCCCACUCAUCAGCUAGUUUGCUGUAUUUGAAAGCUGCUGAAAAGCCAUUAACAGGCAGGACCGGUGGAGCCGCACUGCAGCACACCUCCGCGGGCAGAACGUGGCUGCUCCAGAGCACCAAUUAGGGCGGACCACUCCCGGGACUGUGGCACCAGGAGCCCUGUCAAUCAGUGGCGCUACAAUAGCACGUGCAGCCGUGGUGGCUCCGGCUCCCCGAGAGGCUUAACUCCAGCUGCUGAAUGAGAAUGAGUUUGAAGCUUUUUGCACGAUCAUGGAACAGAGCCUCGGUUCAGGGAUGCGUCCUGAGGUAAACCCUUACCUGAGUAAGGGCUCUAAAUAAUGCAUUUCCUGGGGACGCACUGGUAGUCGAAGAGAAUGCUGGAAGCCGUAGCAAGAUUUCUGUCUGAGAUGGAAGGAUGUCUCACUAUCAUUUUAUCAAGUGCUGCUGCUUUCAGCUAUGUAAUGUUUUUCGAUCCCAUGAAAUGGAAAUUGACCAGUGCUUGCUGGAGUCCCUUCCCCUUGGCCAACGGCAGCGGCUGGUGAAACGCAUGCGCUGUGAGCAGAUCAAAGCUUACUAUGAAAGGGAGAAGGCUUUUCAGAGGCAGGAAGGAUUCCUGAAAAAGCUGAGGCAUGGAAAGACUCAGAAAGUUCAUUUUAACCUGGCCGACAUGAUGCAGGAUGCAAUUAUCCACCACGAUGACAAAGAAGCGCUCCGGCUCCUGACGGAGGGCGCAGAUCCACACGCUCCGGUGUCCUCGGGAGGGUCCUUGCUCCACCUGUGUGCUCGGUAUGAUAAUGCCUUCAUUGCAGAGAUCUUGAUUGACAGAGGUGUCAAUGUCAACCAGCAGGAUGAAGACUUCUGGACGCCGAUGCACAUUGCCUGUGCAUGCGACAACCCCGACAUUGUCCUGCUGCUUGUGUUAGCUGGAGCCAAUGUCCUUCUCCAGGAUGUUAAUGGAAAUAUCCCACUGGAUUAUGCCAUAGAGGGGACGGAAUCGAGCUCUAUCCUACUGACCUAUCUGGAAGAAAAUGGAGUGGAUCUGAUCUCACUGCGCCAGAUGAAGCUUCAGAGGCCAAUGAGUAUGUUAACAGACGUCAAACACUUCUUAUCAUGCGGAGGAAAUGUUAAUGAGAAAAAUGAUGAGGGAGUGACUCUGUUGCAUAUGGCGUGUGCAAGUGGCUACAAGGAGGUGGUGUCUCUCCUCCUGGAACACGGCGGGGACCUCAACGUAGCAGAUAAUCAGUGCUGGACCCCACUGCAUUUGGCAGCAAAGUAUGGCCAGACAAACCUGGUGAAGCUUCUUUUGACGCAUCAGGCAAACCCAAACCUUCUGGACUGCAAUGAGGAGAAGCCCUCAGAUAUCGCUGCAUCUGAGUUCAUUGAGGAGAUGCUGCUAAAAGCUGAAGUUGACUGGGAAGGAAAAGUGAAAGAACGUUUGUCUGUUCCAACCUCAGCCCAGGAAGACCCCUACGAGGACAUCCUCCGUGACCCCCCAACCAUCUCCAGCAAGCUCAGUCCCCUGGCGUUGCCAAUUGCCAAGCAAGACAGUUUGUUGGAAAAAGACAUUAUGUUCAAAGAUGCCCCAAAAGGUCUGUGCAAGCGACAAUCUAAGGACAGCACCCCUGAAAAUGCCACCAUGAAUGGCCCCACCAAACCCGAGCAGGUCAAGCUAAUGCCUUCCGCCCCGAACGAUGACCUGGCCACGCUCAGCGAGCUGAACGACCGCAGCCUGCUUUAUGAGAUUCAGAAGCGCUUUGCGAACCGUCAGAUAUACACUUUUAUUGGGGACAUCCUCUUGCUUGUUAACCCAUUCAAGGAGCUUCCAAUCUACUCCACCACGGUCUCGCAGCUGUACCUGCGCAGCUCCGGGCAGCCCCGCGGCUCUCUGCCCCCUCACAUCUUCUCCUGCGCCGAGCGAGCCUUCCACCAGCUCUUCCAGCAGCAGCGGCCCCAGUGCUUCGUGCUCAGUGGAGAAAGAGGAUCCGGAAAGUCUGAAGCCAGCAAACAAAUCAUGCAACACCUAACCUGUAGGUCUGGCUCCAGCAGGCCUAUAUUUGAUUCCAAAUUUAAACAUGUCAUGUGCAUCUUAGAAGCCUUCGGCCAUGCAAGAACAGCUCUUAAUGAUAUGUCCAGUUGCUUCAUAAAGUAUUUUGAACUACAAUUCUGCGAGAGGAAAAAAUACUUAACUGGAGCCAUAAUUUAUACAUACAUGCUAGAGAAAUCCAGAAUUGUGUCACAACCUCCUGGCCAGAGCAAUUUCCUCAUUUUCUACUUGUUGAUGGAUGGUUUAUCUGAUGAAGAAAAACAUGGCCUUCACCUUAAUAAUUUACGUGCACACCGGUAUUUGAGCCACACCCUUCCAGAAGAUGUGUCAUCCGCAGAGCAUUCUCUGAACAGGGAGAAAUUCACUGUUUUGAGACAAGCCCUGAAUGUAGUCGGCUUCAGUAACUUGGAAGUGGAGAAUCUGUUUGUGAUUUUAGCAGCAAUACUGCACCUUGGCGACGUCCGGUUCGCUGCUCUGAAAGAGGCCGACUCAGCCUUUGUUUCUGACCUCCAGCUUCUGGAACAAGUGGCUGGAUUGUUACAGGUAUCAACCGAUGAACUGGUGUCUGCUUUAACAACUGAUGUCCAGUAUUUUAAAGGAGAUGUGAUCACCCGACCGCAUACCGUGGAGAUGGCAGAGUUUUACCGGGAUCUCUUGGCCAAGUCGCUGUACAGUCGUUUGUUUAGCUUUCUGGUGAAUAUCAUAAAUUGUUGCCUCCACGGUCAGGAUGAGCACAGCAGUCCACAGACUUUGGAUAUUGGAAUACUGGACAUCUUUGGUUUUGAAGAAUUUCAAAAGAAUGAAUUUGAACAACUUUGUGUCAACAUGACCAAUGAGAAGAUGCACCACUAUAUCAAUGAAGUGCUUUUUCUGCAGGAGCAAACAGAAUGUGUACAAGAGGGAGUUACCAUGGAAACAGCUUAUUCUCCUGGUAACCAGACUGGAGUUUUGGAUUUUUUUUUCCAGAAGCCAUCUGGAUUUCUCUCUCUAUUGGAUGAAGAAAGUCAAAUGAUUUGGUCAGUGGAACCAAAUCUUCCCCCGAAGCUACAAAGUCUCCUAGAAUCCUCAAACACAAAUGCAGUGUAUUCCCCCGUGAAGGAUGGCAACGGGAACGUCGCCCCCAGAGACCAAGGCACAGCAUUCACUAUUAUGCACUUUGCGGGCAGGGUAAUGUACGAAACUGCUGGUGCUACUGAAAAAAAUAAAGACUCCCUUUCACAGAAUCUUCUAUUUGUAAUGAAAACUAGUGAAAAUGUCGUGAUCAAUCAUUUGUUCCAGUCGAAAUUGUCACAGACGGGCUCCCUGGUAUCUCCCUACCGUUCUUCUAAGUUCAGAGGACAUAAACCCGCCCUGCUCAGUAAGAAAAUGACUGCUUCUUCAAUAAUUGGAGAAAACAGGAAUUAUCUAGAACUUAGUAAGUUGUUCAGAAAGAAGGGAACUUCUGCAUUUCUCCAAAGACUGGAACGGGGAGGUCCCGUCACCAUUGCCUCACAACUCAGGAAAUCUCUGGCGGAUAUCCUUGGAAAACUUCAGAAGUGCAAUCCCCACUUUAUUCAUUGCGUCAAGCCCAAUAAAUCAAAGCUGCCAGAUACUUUUGAUAAUUUUUAUGUGUCUGCUCAGCUGCAAUAUAUUGGGGUCCUGGAGAUGGUGAAGCUCAUCCGAUACGGGUACCCUGUUCGCCUUUCCUUCUCGGAUUUCCUGUCAAGGUACAGGCCCCUGGCCGGAGGCCUCCCGGCCGAGAAGAGGCUGUGCCCUGCGGCGCGGUGCCGGCUCGUCCUGCAGCGGAGUAAACUGCAGGGCUGGCAGAUGGGGGUCGGAAAAGUGUUUCUAAAAUACCAGCAUGCGGACCGGCUCGAUGAUGCAUGCCUACAGCUGCAGAGGAAAGUUAUAACCUGCCAAAAAGUUAUCAGAGGAUUUCUAGCACGCCAGCACCUGCUUCAGAAAAGGGACAUCAGACAGCAAGAGGCCACUUCCAUCAACAGCUUUCUGCAGAUCACAGAGGACUUGGGGCUGAGGACCUACGACGCACUGGUCGUCCAGAAUGCUUUGGACAUUGCCCGUGAAAAUGACCGGCCCCGGAGCAAAGUGGACACGACUUCCCAUAAAGAGAAGCUGGAGGCCAGAGACAAGCCAGAGGAGGGGACCAGGAGAGCUGAAGACCAGGGUGGACCCAGGCAUUUCCACGGCAGCUCGGUCCCUGUCCCUAUGGCGGUGGAUGGCCUGGUCCAGGCCUUGGCUGGCCCAUCCACCCGGUCUCCUCUGCACUCUGUGUUCAGCCUGGACCACAGCAGCGGCCUCCCGUCACCACGGAAACAGCCUCCGCCCAAGCCAAAGAGGGACCCCACCACGCGGCUGAGCGCCUCCUAUGAGGCCGUGAGCGCCUGCCUGUGGGCCGCAGCCAGGGAGUCAGCGAAUGAAGCUCUGGCGCGGCCCCGGCCGCACAGCGACGACUACAGCACCAUGAAGAAGAUCCCGCCCCGCAAGCCCAAGCGCAGCCCGCACACCAGGCUCAGCGGCUCCUCCGAGGAGAUCGCGGGCGCGCGCUGCAAGGGCCGCCCGGGGGUCCCAGGGCUCCCGGAGGCGCCCGCCCCCGAGCCCGAGCCCGUGUACAUCGAGAUGGUGGGCCGCGCCGGCAGCCCCGAGCAGGCCGAGGCCGUGUACGAGGAGAUGAAGUACCUCGUGCCCCCCGAGGCGCGCGCCUCGCCCCCGCCGCGCGGGGACCCCGGGCCCCCCGACGACCACGCCGCCGCCAGCGGCCAGGCGCCCGGGCCCCGCCAGGACGCGUGCGACAUCCCGGCGCCCUUCCCCAACCUGCUGCCCCACCGGCCCCCGCUGCUCGUGUUCCCGCCCGCCCCCGCCACCUGCUCCCCGGCUUCCGACGAGUCGCCCUUGACGCCCCUGGAGGUGAAAAAGCUGCCGGUCCUGGAGACCAGCCUCAAGUACCCCGUGCAGGCCGACGGCUCGAGCCCCCUGUCGCCCCAGUGCUGCCGGAGCCCGCGAACGGACGGGGACAGGCCCGCGUCCCCCGGCCCGCACCCCCCGAGCGGGCCGCCCCGGGGCUCCCCGCCGCCCGCGGCCCCCGCGCACUUCGCCUUUCCUCCCGAGCCCGCCGGCGCCGAGCCGCCCCGGGCGCCGCCCCCACCCAGCUGCGCCCCCGCGCGCACCCCGAGCCCCCGCGGCCCCGGGAGGGCGGCCCGCGCCGGCCCCCGGAGGCCGCCCGCCAGUGCCUGCGCCCCCGCGCCCUACAGCCCGCCGGGCAGCAGGCCCCUGGGCAGCCCCCUGGACGAGCUCGCCAGCCUCUUCAGCUCGGGCAGGAGCGUGCUGCGCAGGUCCGCGGCCGGGAGGAGGAUCCGGGAGCCCGAAGGUUUUGAAACUAACAUGAACCUGACUAGCCAAGAGGAUCCCAGUAUGUCAGAGAUUACUUCAGAGACUCAAGAUAGAAACGCGAACAACCAUGGAAUUCAAUUAUCUAAUUCACUCUCUAGUGCAAUCACCGCUGAAAAUGGAAAUCCCAUCUCAAAUGGUUUGCCUGAAGACGAUGGGUUCGGCAGGCUGUCCGUGAGUGGCACAGCGACCUCGUCAUUUCAGAGACAGAGAGAGAGUCACACCACUCAGGUAAUCCACCAGCUGCGGCUCUCGGAGAACGAAAGCGCGGCCCUGCAGGAGCUGCUGGACUGGAGGCGGAAGCUCUGCGAGGACGCAGGCGACUGGCGGCAGGUGCUGCAGCGCGCAGAGCCUCGGCCGCCGCCCCCGCCGCCCUGCAGGAAGCCGGCGCUGCUGAAGAAGCCCGAAGGCGCCUCCUGCGCCCGGCUGCCCCCGGAGCUGUGGGACGGCACCAUGUGACGGGCCCCUGCAGGCCCACGACCGACUGCCUCGUGGCGCAGGCGCAGCGCCAGGCGGCCCGAUGCGCAACGGUGCUCGCUGCACGCAUGCACGCAGAAAAGCACAGGACGCCGGGUGCCAGCCACGAGCAUCCCCGCGUGGGCGCGUGUGUGCUUUCUUACCCAUUCUGUGGGGAUGCACUGAUUUUCAGGCUCUGGGGUUUGAGGGCCAUGCCGCCCCUGGGUAGCACGAGAGAGGCUGGGGUGAACCCGGAGGCCAGCAGGGGCCAGGGCAAGGGAGGAGGGCGGCCCUGCACGCUGGACGGUGGUUUUUAAAUCAUCCACGUGCUGGCUGGGCGCCAGUCGUUCUCCUGUAAGACGCUCUACAGGACUUGUGUUUAUUUCUUGGUAGGUGUUAGUGUUUCACUGGAAUCACAAACCUGGUAAUUAUUUACAUGUCGAUCACUGUAUUUUAUAACUUCACGCAAUUGGUGGUGCUCCCUGUCCUCAAAAUACAGAUUGUAAAAAAUAAUUUCUAGAAUUUUUUUCCUCCACACAUUUUUUUUAGCCGAAAGUACCUGAAAGCCUUGACAUUGUUGUUUUAGCUUUGCCACUGUCCAGCCCGGCAAAUGCCCAGAGUGGGUCCCAUGUCUCCUGUUUCCCCUCACUGACCUGGGAACACCCCAGCCCUUCCUAUGCCCCGCACUUCUGGAUGCGUGGAUUCUGAGCUCUUCAGUUAAAUCUCAUCCCCUGACCUCACUGUAGAUCACAGGAGAUCGUGUAGUACUCAGUUACACACAGACAGCUUCAGAGCACAGCUGGGGGUGUGAAGGGUCACUCCGUGUAAAGGUCCACGCAGUUCAAAUAAGCACACUGAGACUCGGUUCGGGCAGCGCCGCUUCGCCACAAGAGCUCCCGUGCAUGGCUCACCUGCUGUAUACUCACCUCCUGUAACGCAACCGCUUUGUUUAUCCGCGUGCUUCUGCUGGCUGUUGGCAACUUGUGAGCAGUGGUGUCAGACCGUCGGGUCUUGCUACGUGGCACUUUUUAUUCAUACCAGCCUUUGAGAAGUUGCUGUACCAAUAAACGGGCACAACGA